AUGAGCGUACCACCCUUUGUUGACUCUUCUCUGAACCUGAAAACAAUUCUGGUCCCUGACACAUUUUCUCUGGAGACUGAUGACCGUCUUGUCUGCAAGGUUUGUGAUACAUUUUCUCAGGCACGUAAUUAUAUUGGUCAUUUCUUUCAACAGAUUGAUUCUGGCAGGAUGGUCCUCUGUCCUUGGUUUAUCUCUUGCCUUGAACAUCAACCUUCUACUGAUACCCCUUCCCCCGAUCUUUCCUCACUUCUUUCUUUGGUACAGUUGGACAGCAGUAGUUUGGGUAAAGCUAGCACCGGAUCUCUUCAAUGCUAUCUUUACCCGCAAUCUGGUGGAAAAUGCUUUGGGAUAGAACGCCAACCCAAAAACGUCUCAACCUAUUUAUACCUUGACGCUUCCCCAGCUCAUCUUGCAUCUUUUGUCAAGAUGCUACUGAAGAUCAGUAUCACUUUUUCUUUGGCUGUUCUAUCAAACGCUAGGUGUGGAACAUCAUUCUCUCUCGCUUUUGCCUGGCCUGGAACCUUGCUGAAAUCUGUCUUCUCCUUACCAGAGGCAGCUUCCUAUGACAUUUCUCUCAUCAAGGCCUUUGGAUUCUCCUUUCCGCUGUCACUACUAAAGCGAUUUGGAGUACUCAUUGGAAAUUUGUUUUUGAUGACCAACCCUUUCUGUCAGUUUCUUCUUGGGUGCAAUGAUGAUGACGCACAGAAUGACAUUGUCAACAGAUAUGUGUACAUCAUCAACCCUUUCAAGAUCGGCUGGUUGCAGAAAGCCACAAACUGCAAGAAGCCAACACAACUUAUGGGUAAGAGCAAUGGGAAUGGGUUGGUUGUUAGGACCAACGUUGCAAAGGAAGGGUAUAACUAG